AUGUGCAAUCUGCCUGCAGUCAAACGCCAACAUCUGCUCGCUGAGUUUGCCGGUCUCAAACAAGCCUGUCCUCAUGGCAUCUAUGUCAGCCUCACACCAGGCGACCCAGCCCUCUGGUCGGGCAUCAUCUUCGUGCGGAAAGGCCCCUACGCCUCGGCAAUCCUGCGCUUCAACAUCUCGUUCCCGGACACGUACCCGACCCUGCCGCCGCUCGUGACCUUCUCCACGGACAUGUUCCAUCCGCUCAUCACGCCGCUGACCACCUACAUGUAUUCGACCGAUGUGCAGGACGGCGGCACGGCCAGCGCGAAUGACGAGGAGAGGCUGCCGCCCGGCGGGUUCAGUUUGCGGCAUGGUUUCGCGGGCUGGUUUGGGCGUCGGAGCAGAGCGUGGGAGCAGAGGAGCGCGGCGACGAGGGGCGGGAAUCGCGGUGGUCAUGGUGGCGGUAGUGGUGGCAGUGUUGGGGAGGUGACAACGCCGACGAGGGCUGUGGCUACCGCGACGGGCACUGCGCCUGGCUCGGCGGCAUUGGCUGCGUCAUCUUCUGCUUCGGUGCCGGGGUAUGCGCGGACGGGCGCGAGAGAGGUGUCGACGUACGAGGUGCUGCGCUAUAUCCGGAGCACGUUUGACGAUGAGGACGUGUUGGACUCGGUGCCGCUUGAGGCGGCGGGGAAUCCGGGCGCGUGGCACGCUUGGCGGACGCACCGGAGGCAGAUUGCAGGAAAGCCAUUUCCCAGUGGAGGCAGUGAUGCCGCGGCGGAGGGGAAGACUCGGCCGGAGGCUGACGCCGCUGCCGGUGUUACGACGAGACGCCCCGAGGAGUGGAACUGGGAAGGUGUCUGGGAGGAACGAGUAAAGAGAGGGAUCGCGGCGAGCCAGUCGGAGGGCGUGUUGUUUGGGAAUUUCGGGACUGCUGAUGAUGUGAUCAACUUCCUUAGCAUGCAAGACGCGGAAGUUGAAGGUGUCAAAUCUAGGCUACUCCAGACGCUUGGCGCAGCCGCCUUAUACCCUUUUGAAUACCGACUACUUCACCUUCGCACAGACUCCUUCGGCAGUACAGAGUGUUUGAUUUCGACCCCGCUUACCCUAUCACGAACCGGUUUCAUGAAUAGUUUCAAAAACCCCUUCUUGGCGGGCUAUGGGGCAUCCCGGACGGUGGCAGCUUGCGCUCAAUCCGACAACGGCGAUGUGCCGAGACCGUUGCAUGUCACAAAACGCUCAGCUCUAGAAGGCGGCGACCGGAUUGCCCGGCAUGCUCGUGGCUGCAGCCCUGCAAGCGAUCAGUCGGACGCCACUAUGGACAGCCCCCCGGGACCACCCGGUGGCUGCCGACCCCUGACGCUUCCGAAGAGGAGGGGAGGUCGGGGCGGCCGUAUCCCGUAUGGUUCGCCACCACAUCGAAAGUCCAAUCCAUGCGUGCUCGCUCCCAGUAUUGUCGUGACACCCGAGUAUAGAGUUGUUGAUGAGGGUGUUGCCACCGUUUGGGCUGCUGUAGAACUCUCUACCCAGGUGUGCCUGGUCGACUCUGAUGGGUGGACCCUCCAUCCAGGAACCCGACUCCUCUUUGUCACCCACAUCCGCCUUCAGCCAGCCGCUCGUCGUCUGGGGCACAGCCAUGUCCGUCAGAAUUCAGACAAGUUGAUCGAGGACCUAGAACACCAACUCGGCGGUACGGUAACGGAAUAUGUCCAGGUUCGCCUUACAUACCGUCACUCUGGAUUCCCGCAGAGUCACCUGCAGACCCCAGUGGCAGCACAGACCACGGCGCCUGAUGGCCUGUCAAGUUUUCAUACCGUCCUCCAAACCACCGCCGUCGCAACCAUCAAACGACGCAACGCUGCCUCGCCAUGGUCGCCGCCUCCCAUUAUCCAACGCCCAAACCCUCUCUUCCAGGUCAUCGCCUCCCACUGGGGAUCUGAGAACGCGCAUGCCGUGAUGCAGCGUGCCAUCCGCUCCCAAUCCGUCGCAUCCGAGACGGACGCAGCGCCUUCUUCUCUCAGUCUUAUCAGGCAUCCUCCAGUCCUCGACUUCCUGUCAUUCCUGGCUGGCUCUAAACAGCAAGCAAAAGACGACGACGUGCUCGCGAGGGAGGCGCACAUGCGUCCCUUGGAGACAGGACAGGAAUACAAAUCAAAAACCCCGUCACCGCAUGCACGCCCGGCGCCGUCUAUCCCUCGACGUCAAGCCAGCUUGCGGUGCGUGGCGGCUCCACUAGCGGCUGGCCAGCGCCAGUCGGAAGAGAACGAUGCCCUUUCAACUUUGCAGGGGACGACCGUCCGGCGAAAGCGCUACCGCAGUAUCAGGAGGGCCGCCUCCUUCUUCCAGCAGGCAUCCUCGUCCCCAAGCGGGCCGCCGCCGUCGUCGUCGUCGUCGUCAUCGCCGCCGCUGCCAACUUUGAAGCCAAUGCGGAGGGGCAGCAGCAAAGACAGGCCGGGAGCUGAUGCCCAGAGUUGUUGUCCUUCCCUCGCAGCGGCCGGGGCUGAGACGGAGAAGCAGCGGGGGGAGCUGGCUGCCGGCGUGGCCGGACAGACUGGUGGGGGUAGUGUGAAAGCCAGAAGGGGGAAGGGGAAGAAGGAAGGAGGAUGGUGGGCCGGUUGGUGGCAGUAG